AUGAACAUAUCACCAAGGACACGGCAACUUAUCAAACUGACCGUCUUAUGCGCCUUUAUUUUAUGGCUUUUAGGCGUUCUCUCCGGUUUUGUCGCCAUGUUUUUGACACAAAGCGGUGCAACUGGUGCUACCUUGAUCGGUUUCAUCGACGAUAAAAACUCAACUAUUACAACUCUCAACUAUGAAACAAACUUCGCAACUAAUGGAUCAUCGGAGGUUACUGAUCUCUCAGGACUUGCUGAUCAAAUUUCGAAAACGUACAGCGUGUCCCGGAAUAUGGUACGAGUACUUUCAGCUCGAUUCGUUCGAAGUCUCAUUUUGAGCAGAAAAAAACGACAAAGCGCAUCGGCCACAAAUGAAACAAACCUAAAAUGGAAAACGGUACUGACAAUUGAAACUGAAUUUACCUAUCCAAGUUCAUGUAAUCAAGUAACAGCGUGUACCAACCAUUACAUAACUAUCAUUCAAAACACAAUCCAAAGGGCCGAUUCAGCAGUUACCUUCGCGAUAUCACUUAGUAGCGGUAUCAACCUCAAUCUUGGCGUCAGUUUUACUUCAUUUAACGUCACCGAACCCACUACUACUACAACCACAACCACAACCACCACCACUACCACUACAGUAACCACUACUACCACUACAGCAACCACUACUACUACUACUACAGCAACCACCACUACCACUUCGGAAACCACUACUACGACUACAGCAACCACUACUACCACUACAGCAACCACCACUACCACUACGGAAACCACCACUACGACUACAGAAACCACCACUACCAGUACAGCAACCACUACUUCGACUACCACGACUACUACUUCAGAAACCACGACUACUACUUCAGAAACCACUACUACCACUACAGCAACCACCACUACCACUACGGAAACCACCACUACGACUACAGAAACCACUACUUCGACUACCACGACUACUACUUCAGAAACCACGACUACUACUACAGCAACCACUACUACCACAACGCAAACUACCACUACCGCUACAGCAACCACUACUACCACUUCGGAAACCACUACUACGACUACAGCAACCACUACUACCACAACAGCAACCACCACUACCACUACGCAAACCACUACUACCACUACAGAAACCACCACUACCACUACAGCAACCACUACUUCGACUACGGAAACCACUACUACCACCACGGCAACCACCACUACCACUACAGAAACCACCACUACGACUACGGAAACCACUACUACCACUACCACUACUACCACCACUACUACUACUACUACUACUACCACCACCACUACUACUACUACUACUACCACCACUACUACUACUACGGAAACCACUACUACCACUACUACCACCGCUACUACUACUACGGAAACCACUACUACCACUACAGCAACCACCACUACCACUACAGCAACCACCACUACCACUACAGCAACCACUACUACUACUACUACUACCACUACUACUACUACUAUCACUACCACGACUACGGAAACCACUACUACCACUACAGCAACCACUACUACUACUACUACUACCACUACUACUACUACUACUACUACCACUACUACUACUACUACUACUACCACUACUACUACUACUACUACUACCACUACUACUACUACUACCACUACUACUACUACUACCACUACCACGACUACGGAAACCACUACUACCACUACAGCAACCACCACUACCACUACAGCAACCACUACUACUACUACUACUACCACUACUACUACUACUACCACUACCACGACUACGGAAACCACUACUACCACUACAGCAACCACCACUACCAGUACAGCAACCACCACUACCACUACAGCAACCACCACUACCACUACAGCAACCACCACUACCACUACAGCAACCACUACUACCACUACCACGGCUAUUAUUGCGGUUGGGGAUGUUAAUAAUGAUGCGAAACCUGAUAUAGUAACGGCAAAUUACGGUGCAAACACAGUUAGUGUUCUUCUCAAUACAGGUACUGGCACAUUUUCUUCGCAAACUCCCUAUAGAACUGACCGCGAGCCAGCGUCAGUCGCAGUCGCUGAUGUCAACAAUGAUGGGAAACCUGAUAUAGUUACGGCAAAUUUAGGUGCAAGCACAAUUAGCGUUCUUCUCAAUACAGGUACUGGCACAUUUUCUUCUCAAACUAGCUAUGGAUGUGGCAGAACUCCAUACUCAGUUGCGGUUGGGGAUGUUAAUAAUGAUGCGAAACCUGAUAUAGUAACGGCAAAUUACGCUGACAGCACAGUUAGCGUUCUUCUCAAUACAGGUACUGGCACAUUUCCUUCUCAAACUACCUAUACAACUGGCACUGGUCCACAGUCAGUCGCAGUCGCUGAUGUGAACAAUGAUGCGCAACCUGAUAUAGUAGCGGCAAAUCGCGGUGCAGAUACAGUUAGUGUUUUUCUCAAUACAGGUACUGGCACAUUUUCUUCUCAAACUAUCUAUACAACUGGCUGGGCUCCAGGGUCAGUCGCGGUCGCUGAUGUCAACAAUGAUGGGAAACCUGAUAUAGUAACGGCAAAUAACCUUGGAAAUACAGUUAGUGUUCUUCUCAAUACAGGUACUGGCACGUUUCCUUCUCAAACUACCUAUGCAACUGGCAGUAGUCCAUACUCAGUUGCGGUCGUGGAUGUUAACAAUGAUGCGUUACCUGAUAUAGUAACGCCAAAUUACCUUUCAAAUACAGUUAGUGUUCUUCUCAAUACAGGUACUGGCGCAUUUUCUUCUCAAACUACCUAUGCAACGGGUAGCUAUCCACAGUCUGUUGUGGUUGCUGAUGUUAAUAAUGAUGCGAAACCUGAUAUAGUUACGGCAAAUAACGGCCCAAGUGCAGUUGGAGUUUUGCUUCAUUGCUAA